UUUUUGCGUGGGAGAGAAACGCGUCUGACCCGCACCUUUUUUUCUUCUACGUAGUACCGUCACCGCUUGACAAAGUCCAUCUCCGCAUCCCCUCCUCCUUCUACCACUGACAUGCGAAGCCUCGUGCGAAGCUAGCAAAAUAUUUGUCGGCUCUGCAGUUUUGUUCCUUCGUUGUUCUCUGCUACCUGUGUACUUUUAGACAUUUUAUUAGUCGAUGUUGUGCUCCAUGUGAAAGUGAACGUUAAUUGAUUUGCUGACGGAAAUAUUGUAAUUGUUACGCCAUCCUGUGUACCGGAAUUCUCACGUAAUUCACAAUCUGCAAGUGGUGAAUUUUAACUCUUAGGAUUACUCGUGUGCAUCGGAUGUUUCUCCCCUGAUUGAGAGUUACCUCUGUUUCGAAUCAUCGUCUGCAUUUAUUCACCUUAAUCACAAGGUAAAGGCUAUUGUUAUUUUGCGUCCAAGUGAAUGUGUGGUUUGAAUUUUCAUCAAUGUGGAGUGUGCGAUGAUACUUGAUGAGUAAUAAAAAAUGAGAUGGAACAAAGUGUUUCAGUGUACCGUAACCGCGACAACCGCAUCACUAUCGAUAAAUUUCCGGCAAGUGAAAGAAACGUUGCCCGGCGACCGAUUUCUGGAGUUCACGCUACCGGGUGGUGCAAUGGUACUUUAACAUUCACUUCUUUAACCAGUGAGUGUAGAUUACAGUCUCUAUAAUUUUCGGCUUAGUAGUUGUUGGUUGGUAAAUUCAAAAAAUACGUACCAUUGCGGGCAAGCUUUGGAGUUUGACUAAUUCAUUGAAAAUGCUCGUUUAUCCUGGCGGCAACGAGAGCAUACUUGGAUACUUCACCAUCAAAGAUUCUCAAGAUGUUGAUCUGGAUGCCAUCCUUGGUGAGUUGUGUGCUUUGGAGCGACGCUGCGACGGUGAUAUCGCGGCAACUCCAGCCCCGGACUCUCAGAGGCAAGGAAGACCAAACAGUACGAGAAUCAACCCCGCGGACAGUACGGACAUUAGUAAAAAUGACGGAGGAAUGCGCACGGAUAGUCCUGACAAUGACAGCGCCUUCUCAGACACGGUGUCGAUGUUGUCCAGCGAGAGUUCGGCCAGCAGCAGCGGCUCCGGACACAAACCACCUCAGAACAAUAUGCACACCGUUCCGCAACAGCAACCGCAUCACCUUAUGGACGCCGCAGGCAGGGCGAAGGCUGAAAAAAUUCGGCUCGCACUGGAAAAGAUCCGAGAGGCAAGCGUGCAGAAACUUUUCAUUAAAGCCUUCACGCUGGACGGCAGUGGUAAGAGCCUUUUGGUCGAUGAGGGAAUGACCGUUGCACAUGUAUGCAGGCUAUUGGCGGACAAAAAUCACGUACCGAUGGACCCCAAAUGGGCAGUGGUGGAGCAUCUCCCUGAUCUUUUCAUGGAAAGGGUAUACGAAGACCACGAGCUAUUGGUAGAAAACCUGCUCCUAUGGACAAGGGACUCCAAAAAUAAGUUACUCUUCGUAGAACGGCCCGACAGAACGCAGUUGUUCCUCGCAGCAGAGAAAUUCCUUCUUGGGCCAUCAGACAGAAGUAACGCCGAGUACGACGAUCACUCGCGAAAUAUUUUACUGGAGGAAUUCUUCUCCAGCAGUAACGCGGGGGUGCCUGAGAUCGAAGGUCCGCUGUAUUUGAAAUCGGACAGUAAAAAGGGCUGGAAAAGGUAUCACUUUAUCUUGCGAGCAUCUGGUCUUUAUUAUUGGCCGAAGGAGAAGGCGAGAAGCGCUCGGGACCUCGUGUGCCUGGCAACGUUCGACGUCAACCAAGUGUACUACGGUGUUAGUUGGAAGAAGAAAUACAAAGCUCCAACUGACUUCUGCUUUGCCGUUAAACACCCGAGGCUUCAGCAGCCAAAAUCUACAAAGUACAUAAAGUUCUUGUGCGCGGAAGACAGUGCCGCUCUGGAGAGGUGGAUGGUCGGUAUACGGAUAGCAAAAUAUGGCAGGCAACUUAUGGAGAACUACAGAACUCUCGUGGACGAACUGGCACAGGAAGAUCUCGACCUGUUGGCCCACGCCAGGUCCUGCUCGGUCAGCUCGAUAGCAACGCCCCCAAAUCAAACACAGUACAAUACGACGAACGACAACGCAAGACAGUUCACAGAGAAUUCUAGAAACGCGGCAAGCGAAGGAAGGCUCAGUAGAGCCAGCAGCUCUAGUUCCUCUGGCUGCAUGUCCGAUGGAGCUUCAAGCAGUUGUGAGGUGGCCUUUGAGUGCGGGGAGUUCCCGACGGGUACGAUUAAACGGAAACCGUCAAUGAAUCCGAAGCUACCGCUUACCUCGAUAACUCGACAGCUCAAGGAAGUCGGAGAAACGGUACGCGAUGAACCGGAUAGCUGUCCGAGCCCUACCAGUUCAGGUUCAGGCACUUUAACCAGAAGACACAGUAGAAGGAGAAGCGGGACUGACUCCGAUGGGUCUGGGACUCUGAAAAGACAUCACAGAUCGGGAAAUGCAACUCCCGUCAGCCCUGUCCCUCCGGGAACACCGGUCAGGGAAAGAGCUAGUCCUAUUGCCUAUUCUAGGACGGAAAGCAUCGAAUCUAAGACUCCGACCAGCCCAAUACAGCAAUGCAUGAUGGAUUCGAUAACGUCUUUGCCGCCACCACCCUCACCGCCCAGAGGAGCUGACGAGGCGGAAUCAGACGGUGAACCCCUGCCUCCGCCACCCCCGGAGAUGUUCCGAUCGAACCUCUCCCUAGAUAGUCUACCCCCACCUCCCGCGCCUGGGGAACUUCCAACUUGCCAUAGUCCCGACCUGAGUGGCUCUUCGUUGAGUCUCGCGUCUCUCCCGCCACCGCCGAGUCCCCUGGUCGGUGAAACUGGGACCAUAAGACGGGCCAGGCCGAAGCAGUCAACGCCGACGAACUCACUAUCGCCGGAUGGAACACCGACACGCUCGUUUGAGAUGAUGAACCAGAUUUACGCGACGGCGACCAAUAACGGGCAGAUUUACUCCGAGAGCCUGACAUCCCACGGUGCCAACGGGACCAGCAGCUCGAACGGUUCGAACUGCUCAACGCCCACCAACUCCUACCCCCCGAGCAUUGCUCCCAUGUCGCCUGCCUCCUUGGCGAUGCCCGGUAGCCCGUGUUUCGCGGCGGCCCCGCCACCGUUCGUUCCGCCCCCGGCAUAUGGCACUCAGCACAACUCUCUGCCUGGCAGGCAAAACUCGAAAGUGGAGUCGAUAUACGGCGGAUCUCUUCAGCACGGCAGCCAGCCCAUAAGGCCCAACCCUAACAUGGACACGGUGCGGCGCAGUGCGAUGAAGCAAGGCAACAGCCACUACGCAGCGCCCCCGUACCUCGCCGAGCUAAAGGCAGCUGCCAGCCCCCAGCCACAGAGGAGGGUAACCAUACAGGAGCCCCCAACAUCGCCAAAGGCGAAGACCGGUACCGGGAAAAAGAUCACCUUCAAUUUACCACCGCAACAGGAACAGGGAAGUCCAGCGUUGCCGCAGAGAAAACCCAUGCCUCCUAGGAGGUCGAACAGCACGAAGCUCACGUCGCCGAAAAAGUUGGCCGCCUCUGACCAGGCGCCGCCUAGGGAUUUCUUAAAGGAUUUGCAGAGGGUGAUGCGUAAGAAGUGGCAGGUUGCCCAAAAGUGCAAACUCGACACGACGACGACUCCACACGAGGUACUCGGCUUCCGGGAUCCUCCCCCAGCUAUCGCUGACUACAGGGAAACCAACGUUUCCAACUGGGUUCAGGAGCACUAUGGUGCUUACAAUCUUUACGAAAACGUUUACGCUACGGACCCCAAUGCCCCCGUAGAAUACGCGAGUAGUCCGACGAAAAAUACAGCGAGCGUCAGGUUCGCGGACGAAAAUCGCACGAACAACAUCGCCAACGCCAUUGCUGGGAAACGACGGCCACCACCACCACCCCCGAAGAGGGCUGACACAACUCACCUCACCACGAGAGCCAUGCACUGACAAUAGCCUACGAUCAAAUCUCGCUUCGAGGAGGACCUCGCACCGGAGAGACGCCGAUGCGGGUGGACCUGCUGCCUCUGCACCUGGUGGAAGCAUUAAAUAGGUAACACCAAGUGGAAAUGCCGUGGUAGGGGAAGGGUAGUGACAGGGGUGAACCACAAGAACGUGCUGAUAUAAUUCGUUGAAAUUUAAGGAACCCUGUUUACCGAGGCAGUGGGUAGAUAGCAUAUUUUAUAUGUGACUACAUCCCGGGAUAUGAUUACGUGUCCUGGAGGUGUUGGACAAAAAUUUAUUGUCGAAACCACGAACUAUUUUUUGUGAUGGUUUCGUGUUAAAUCUACCAAAUUCCCUCCGUAAAUUAAUUCGCGGCAAUGUUGUUUUCAAGAAGCGAGACGAUAGAUCAAUGGAAAGAUGAUGGUUAAACAGACAAGGCGUCAGAUACUUUUUUUAUUACACUUUCUAACACGUCGAAGAAGGAAAAGAAGGAGGUGCGAAUGGAACGAAGUAGGAGAUAGACCACAGAUUUUUUUAAUCAAG